GGGCGGCGGCUCAGUGGAAGAAGAAGAAGAAGAAGGCGGAACAGGAGGGGGUGGGGGUGGAUUUUUUUUUUUUUUAAUUUUUUUUUUUAAUUUUUUUUUUUCUCCCACUUUCCCUCCACACGAGUUUUCAGCCAUGAACCCCAACUGUGCGCGCUGCGGGAAGAUCGUGUACCCCACGGAGAAGGUGAAUUGCCUGGAUAAGUUCUGGCACAAAUCAUGUUUCCACUGCGAGACCUGCAAGAUGACCCUGAACAUGAAGAACUACAAGGGCUACGAGAAGAAACCCUACUGCAACGCACACUACCCCAAGCAAUCCUUCACCAUGGUGGCAGACACGCCCGAGAACCUGCGCCUAAAGCAGCAGAGCGAGCUCCAGAGCCAGAUCCGCUACAAGGAGGAGUUUGAGAAGAACAAGGGCCGAGGUUUCAGCGUGGUGGCCGACACCCCCGAGCUGCAGAGGAUCAGGAAGACUCAGGACCAGAUCAGCAACAUCAAGUACCACGAGGAGUUCGAGCGCAGCCGGAUGGGCCCCGGCCCCAGCGAGGGCUCGGAGCCGGAGCGCCGCAGUUCCCAGGAGAGCGGCGGCUACCGGAGAGCGGAGCAGCCCCAGCCCCAGCAGCACGGCCAGCCCGGAGCCACCGUUUACCAGCAGCAGCAGCCGUCUCCGUCCCAGUCCUUCAGCUACAAGGAUCCAGCGGCUCCAGCCUCGGCCCCGCGCGGUGCCCCAGCCGGGGGUGGGAAGCGUUUCCGAGCCGUCUACGACUACACGGCGGCAGACGAGGACGAGGUUUCGUUCCAGGACGGCGACACCAUCGUCAACGCGCAGCAGAUCGACGACGGCUGGAUGUACGGCACGGUGGAGCGCACCGGGGACACGGGCAUGCUCCCCGCCAACUACGUGGAGGCCAUCUGAGCCCGGGGACGCGCCCGUGUCCCCUGGUGCCCGUGUCCCCUCCUCGUGUCCUCGGCUCUGUCCCCUCCCCACCCUCGGAGCCGCCCUGUCCCCACCCCGUGUCCCCUCCGCGGCCGGGUUCUCUCCGUGGUGGCCCCGUGGGGAUGGUGUGGGGUGGGGGUUAAAGCCCCAGGGUGUUCCUGCUGCUGUCCCCAUUGUCCCCUCUGUCCCCCCUGUCCUGCCCUCCCAGCGGGGGGAAGCUCCGGAGCCUCCCAGGAGAGGGAAGGAGAGGCCACGUCAGGACCAAAUUCCCGCUGUGGAGUGGGGGUGAGAGCCCCAGGGUGUCCCUGCUGCUGUCCCCACUGUCCCCCCUGUCCCUCCUGUCCCCCCGUCCUGCCCUCCGGAGCCUCCCAGGAGAGGGAGGGAGAAGCCACACCAGGACCAAAUUCCCGCUGUGGGGUGGGGGGGGGCCAGGGGGCCUCACCCCAGGGUGGCCACCCCGAGGGUGCCCGGGGCUGGUGGGGCUGGUGGGGCUGGCAGCUCCUCCUCCUCCUCAUCCUCCUCCUCGCUCCCUUGGGUGCUCAGAGCAGCCCUGGGGCUUUUCCUGGGGGCAGCAGCUCUGGCUGGGGGGGCUGGGGUGAGCCCCCCUGAACUGGGAUGAGCCCCCCAAGCUCCAGCUCGCUCUGGGCUGGGUCUGGGGGUCCCCUGGGGGAGCCUUUUCCCCCCACCCCAAAUUCUCCUGCUUUUCUCCUGCUGCUGCUGUGCGCUGCCACCCUUGGGUGCUGUGGCACCCCAGGCCACCCCUGGGUGCCGGUGGCAGCUUUUUGGGACCAUUUUGGGGUCGCGUCAUGGACCAAAACAUGCGAGCCCGUCCCUGUCCCCUCCUCCCGGUCCCUUCUCCUGCUCCGGAGGGGUUGGGGUGGGGUCGGGACAAACUGGAACCGAGCAGGGACCUGGGGACAGCGGGGGUGGCACCCUGCCAGGACCUGGGCACGGAGGGGUGUAACCCUGCCAGGACCUGCGCCGCCUUUGCCAUUCCAGGAAAAUCGGGAAUAAAGGGACCAAAGCGGCCGGGAGGGGACAUCCCUUGGUCCUUGGGGACAAUCCUCAGUCCUUGGGGACAAUUCCUGGUCCUUGGGGACAAUUCCUGGUCCUUGGGGACAAUCCUCAGUCCUUGGGGACAAUUCCCGGUCCUCGGGGGCCGGGAUUGGGGUCAGGGGUUUGGGGGGCACAGCCGGGGUGGGGGUCCCGGGUUGGGGGUCCUGGUUCUGGUUUGGGGGUCCCAGGAUGGGGUCUCGGUUUGGGGGUCCCAGCUGGUGCUAAAAUCGGGGAGCACAAGGGGCAGGGGGAACCUCCUGGCCCUGCCCAAUCCUCUUCUCAAUCACCUCCUUGUCCGGGAAACGAGAAUCAAUGUGAAUAAAUCAUUUUUUAAUGGACCAAAUGCCACAGGAAAUUCCCCUUUUUUGGGAUACAGAUUUUUUUUUUUAAUCCUCCCUCCAAAUUGUCCCUAAAUUCUCCCCUCCCCUGCCGUGGAAACAAACCUUUUACUGCUUGAUUUCUUGCCUUUUUUCUCUCAACUUUAUGCACUUUUUUGCCUUUUUUUUUUCAUAGCUGGAAAAGCACCUAAACCUGUAUUUAAAAUAAAUAAAUAAAAGAGUUUAAAAAAAAAAUUACAAGGAGGAAGAACGAUUAAAAAGCUGAAUUAAUUGCAUCUCAUCACGUGUAAAAUAGAACCUCAUCCAUCCCAGCUUCCCUGGUUGUGUCUCGGUGCUUAGAACGUGUUUUCCUCGGGAUCUGUCACUCGAUUGGGGUUUUGUCCUUUUGUCCUUCCUGGGUUGAGCACACACCAGUCAAAAAAGAAAAAAAAAAUUAAAAAGUUAUUUGGCCUUUUUAUCCAAAAAAAGAAACCCCAUGGAACGGAACAACCCGACCAAUUCUCUUUGGAUCAAAAAUAAAAGUUUAAUUUUUA